UGCCUCUCUCUCUUCUUGAAGUCGCCGGAGAGCAGCCAAGCCAAGCCAAGAAGAAGAAGAAGAAGAUCAAGAAGAUGCCUUCACACAAGACUUUCAUCAUCAAGAAAAAGCUGGGCAAGAAGAUGAGGCAGAACAGGCCCAUCCCCAACUGGAUCCGUCUCAGGACUGACAACAAGAUCAGAUACAAUGCGAAGCGCAGGCACUGGCGCCGCACCAAGCUCGGGUUCUGAGGUUCUUUGGUCCCCAAUUCGCAAUGGCAUCAUGUUUCAGUUUUGAUAGGGGUUUUAGAAGUCAUGUUUAUUGCUUAGCUUAUCUGUAAGAACUCUUAAGAGUCUAUCCAUCUAUCUAUCUAUCUAUCUAUCUCCAGAUCUUUAUAAUUUUUCAAGUGAUAUUCAGGAUUUAUAUGGUUUCUGGUUUGGUUCUUAACAAUGCCUGAUGCGCUCUAAUUCUGAGUGGUCAUGUUAAGCCAGUAGACUGAAUUUGAUGAUAAUGAGAUGUUUAAUUUAUGC